CUUUUGCGUCUCCUUCAAAAAUCACAGUUCUUGUCACGCUUUUUUCUUUUAAUUUUUCUAAUUUGAUUUUCUCUUCGAACAACAGAGCAAUCGAAACUGACACGCCAAAAAAAAGAGUGCCACUGUGUCUGUAUUUGUUUGAGAGAGACGAACCCUGAUAUUAUCCCUUCGUACACAGAGAAACCCAACAAAAUUAACAAACAGACAAAAACCCACUACCCCACGUUUGCCCCCUCACUAAUCCGCUGUGGAAUCGAAUGCCAUUUCUCCAUCUGGGUUUCUGAGGAUGUUGGCGGUUGAAGCUGCCCGUGGUGACCGAGACCCUGCAACUGCAAAUCCCAGUUCCCUGCAAUUUCGCGAUGCUCGUUCAGCAGCUGGUAGCAGCGACAUGUCGGCACUUGAUGAUUCCGACGACCAGUCGUGGCACUCGGUGUUCGACUCCACGGCCUGGGGAUCCCACGGCGAGGCCGAGAUUGAGGCCGAGAUGGGCCAUUUCGUCUCGGACAGCUCGUCGGAGGUGGAUUUGGAGAGCGGGGAUUUGGAUUUGGAGCUGAAGCUGCAUUUGGCCAAAAUUGAAAGAGAUUGCAGAAUUUGCCACUUGGGUUUGGACAGCGGCGGCGGCGGCGGUGGCGGUGGAGGAACAGAUUCCGACACUCCAAUUCAGCUCGGUUGCUGCUGUCGAGGUGAUCUGGGUACUGCCCACAAGCAAUGUGCUGAGACUUGGUUCAAAAUCAAGGGAAAUACAAUUUGCGAGAUAUGUGGGGCAACUGCACAAAAUGUUGCAAGUCAACAAAUAAGUGAACCAAACAAUGCCGUUGUGGCUGCAGCUGCAGCUGCAGUAGCGUCCUCAGCUCCAUCAGCGCCCCUAACUCUCGUCGAGACUCGAACAAUCUUUCACGGGCGUCGUAUUAUGAACUUUCUGCUUGCUUGUAUGCUCCUUGCAUUUACAAUGUCCUGGCUUUUUCACUUCAAGUUAAUGUCAUAGACUUGUUGGAAGAUCACCUACUGGAGGGAAAAAAAAGUUAAUGCAGAAUGAAAAUUUGAGGCAUUCCAAGUUGUGGGGAAAAUUUGGGUUUUGUACAUAUGUUUACACUUUAGUUUAUUUAGUUAAUUUUGGUAAGGUCUUGAUUAGGCAUUUCUUAAUUUUGUGUGCUGAAGCUGAAUGAGCUUAGUAAAUAUAAGUACCUCUCUUGUUGCUCAAUAUACAUUUUUCUGGCAAGAGCAACUCAACAGAAAAAAGAUAAGCGACUUGAGGGGAUUUUCUAA